GUGGUGAAAAAGAAUCCCCCACUAGCGAUCCACCUGAGUGCGCCCAUGCACCCGCUCCAAGGCCAUCUGAGGCCAGUCGGGGUGCCGGGGAGGGGGGAAGGGUGUCGGCACCUAGCUAUCCUGUGCACGGACGCGUUCAAACAUACAGACGGUCCCGGUGACCUACACUCGGCAGCGUGCCGAGUUCGAUGUGCCAAUCCUCGCGCCCCCGGCUCUGUCCUCCGCUCACAGCGCUCUGUCCUCCGCGCUCACAGCGCUCUCUCGUCGGCCGGGCAGAGCGGGUCGGGAGUCGGGGCAGAGCGGUGCUGGUGGGCGGGUGGGCGGACGGGACAGAGUUCGGGCGGUGUCAGUGAACCGACUGUUUAGACUGGUGACCAGCGGGACCUGUCGGCGGCGACUCUUGGUCACCGGGUAGGUACAGACGUCUACCGUCACGAUGCUGUGGACCUGUCUCUGGCUGUUCAACUGGAUAUGCCUGCUGGUGGGAUGGCUCGUGUUCCCCGCCAUCCUGUUCAAAAUAGCCGUGGGUGCCGAGCGGUUCAAGGCAUCCCAGGACUGGCUCUUCGCCUUCCUCACCGAGUACACGAUGAAGGAAGACGAACGGGCCAUGCUCAGGACGACCAAACUGGAGCUGUUCUCAUCACUGAAGGAUCUCAAGUCGGCCGAUCCAGAGCUUUUGAAAAAGAAAGCACUUAAUAUUUUAGAGAUUGGCGUCGGCACCGGCCAGAACCUCGAGUUCUACCCACCGGGCUCCAAGCUCACCUGCAUCGACCCCAACAAGUCUUUCGAGGUCUAUUUCCGGCGUGAAUGUGAGCAGAAGGCCGCCCACCUGGACCCAAACAUCCGUUUCGUCGUCGAGCGCGGCGAGUCGAUGCCGUCGGUGGCCGACGGCUCGGUGGAUGUGGUGGUGAUUUCUCUGGUACUCUGCAGUGUACCGGACCUGGAUCAGAUGUUCCGGGAGAUACGACGAGUUCUCGUGCCGGGCGGCAAGUUUUACUUCCUGGAGCACUCAACCCACCGUCCAGGAACGUGGCGCCACUGGGUGCAGGAGGCCGUCACCAACUGUGGACUGUGGCCCUUCCUCAUGGACGGCUGUGUGCUCAACAAGGACCCCGCGCCGGCGCUAGAGAACGGCGGCUUCAGCGACCUGGAGCACCACACUGUGAUGGUUGUCGACAAUCAGAUGAAGCCAGCCUCGGCCACACCGAAGGGGGUCGCCCUGCUUAACCCCUUCUGCUACGGCGUGGCCACCAAGUAGAUGUAGUUAAAUGAGACGAGACGAGGAGACGGCAUGGAGACGAGGAGACGGGAGACGGAGACGGAGACGGAGACGAGACUGAGACUAGACGAGAUGGAACAGGAGAUGGAGACGGGGGAGACGUUGAUUGGACGGGACAAAUUGAAAGGUACCAGAACAAGCGGUGCGACUGAAUAGACCGACCUUGGAAGCGUUGGAGGGAGAACAAGGUGAAGUUAGAUGAAAUGCAUAAGAAGUAGAUGAAUGAAAGGAUGUGUGACUGUGAGCCCAGACUAAAGAAAAUGAUUUUUUUUUUGUCGCAAUGUUUCUGCUCUAUGUAUCAUCAUCGCAGCACUGCUUAUAUAUAGUUUGUGAAAUGGUGUUGAUUGCAAUUAUAGUUAUAAUUGAGUCGCUGACGCAAAAUACGCGCAAAGCGUACUGCCAUUACUGUUGUAAAAGUGUAUGCUUGUAUGGUUACUAACUAAUCCUGAUUUGGUACACAUGAAUUGGAAAAUAUAUUUUCAUACCUGA